AAAAAAUUAUCAUUUUGAAUUGUUAAUUUUUUCAACAGCAUUGUACAAUACAAUACUUUUAACAGUUUCUGUGAGCAAUUGUUUGCAAAUCGUCUAACAGUGGUAAAUAAUGUAUAGAAAUGCAUUAAAAAGUGGUGCUCGUACUGCUUUACAAGCGUGGAAAGUAAAAAACGAUUUAGCAAAAUUGCGGUUUGAUUUGACUCGGGCAAAUGCAGAAUUUGAACAGCAUUUGUGCAAAGCUGUCAAUGAGCUAGUCAGUCCUAUUAAAAAGCUUAGAGUGACUGCAUGUUGUUUUGCUAACGCUUGUACUAAUAACUGUUUAUAUUGUACAUUGAUAACUACCGCUGCUGAUAAACCGUCACAAAAUUUACAAAGAAAGUCAACAACACAUUUCCUUCAUUCGUUUCAUAAUCGACAACGUAUCUUAGAAAACGGCCACCUUAACACAGUGCUCUCGUCCAAACAGUUCGUGAAAGUGCAAAAGCAAUUUUAUCGCGAGUUUUCUAAUAUAUCGUUGGGAGCGCCAAUCAAAAAUAGUGAGGCUCCAUUACUAGGUGAUCUUUGUGAUAAAUAUCGAGCUGUUAUAGCACGUACCUCGGCAAAUCUAAAUUACCAACCCAAAAAAGAAAUGACAAAGCAAGAGUUUCAACGUUUACCAACAUGUGUUAUUCCAUCACAUUAUGAUCUGGAACUUAAGCCGAAUCUUGAAGAGUUCACAUUCGAAGGAAAAACCAGUGUGCAAAUAAAGAUACAAUUUCUAGAACAAAAUCAAGCACUUAUAGUUGUAGUUUUACUAUAA